CUCCUAAGUCUCCAUCCUCCCCUCUCCUGAGUCCUCUCUACUGACACCAUGGGCUGCUGUGGUUGUGGAGGUUGUGGUGGCUACGGCGGUGGCUGCAGUGGUGGCUGUGGUGGCUGCGGUGGUGGCUGUGGUUGUGGUGGCGGCGGUGGCUGCGGUGGUGGCUGUGGUGGCUGCGGUGGCUGCGGCGGUGGCUGUGGCGGCUGUGACAGCUGCACCACGUGCAGGUGCUACCGGGUGGGCUGCUGCUCCGGCUGCUGCCCCUGCUGCUCCGGCUGCUGUGGGGGCUGCUGCAGCACCCCCGUGGUCUGCUGCCACCGCCGCACCUGCCGCCGCCACUCGUGUGACUGCGGCUGCGGGAAGGGCUGCUGUCAGCAGACGUGCUGUCAGCAGAAGUGCUGCUGCAGGAAGCAGUGCUGCCACUAGGGGGCCGGUCCAGCAUCAGGUAGAGUUGGCCGGAAUGGGUUUGUUGGUAAGACUUUCCUCCAACCCUCCUCAUCCCUUUCCCUGACCUGGAAGUCACUGGUGUGGACUCAAGGUCUGCACCUGGAUGUCAUCCCCUCUUGCGUCAUAGGUUGUUAAUUUCAGAAGACCCUGCUAUGGAUGUGAGCAACGAGAACUGUGAAAAGACAGCCCAGCUGCUGGAGGCAAUUCACACAAUGAACAAACUGAAAAUUGAAUCACAGUUACUAACUCUUUUGCUUUCCUGAAAUUCUUUCACACAACUUCAGUGCCUCCACUUCUUUUCACGGUGCCCCUAAAUUACAUGCCCUUUCUUCUGUAAUCUUCCGCCCAGCAGUUCUGGACUGCUGAAAAGUAAAUCAUAAAUAGAAUAAUGUACCAUACAUUGAUGGCUAAAGAUCUGGGUUUUUUAGUUUUAUUUAUUGUCUUACUAUGAAAGGACUUUCUGUGUUCUGUAAAUUCAGGCAAGCUAAAUAAAG